AUGGGCUGUACUCAUAGCAAAAACUCGAAAUCAAAGGCGGCAAAGGCGAAAAACGAACAGACGCUGGAACGGUCGAACCGUCAGAACAUCGUGGCGCAUUUCGAUGAGACGUGGGCAGAAAUAGGUUAACAUUUGAAUCAGAGCGGAUUCAGAAACAAGACAACGCCGUCGACGAGCAAUGAAUCGGAAGAGCAGCAGCCGAUGCAACACUCAAAGAAUCUGCUGAACGAAACUGUCGAAUCGACAUAUCACAAGCCGAGCGAUCAGGACAAAAACACCAAGAAACAAGGUUUGAGAUGAGGCAAGGAAGGAAAAAGGGAACAAUAUUUUUAGAAGUCAAACUGACGACGGCCUUUCAGAAGGCGGAGGAGAGUUCACCAACUCAGUACAAGCCGUGAGUCUGUUUCAUAUAUCUCAGUCCACAUUUGGACGAACAGUCAGCCAUCGGAUACCGUCGCUGUGGAGAAAAAGGAGUCUCCAGCAAGCACGGCAGUCCCGCCUACUCAACAGAAACAGUUCGUCGCUUCCACCUACUAUCCGAUGCCGACGGUUGGAGAGAAACAGAAGUCGCCGGAAAGGAAGAAGCCACGGAAGAAGACGGCGCCUCCUACCGUGGAGCAAAAUGUCGAGGAGAAGAAAAAGAAGGUGAGGAGACAGAGAAUGUACGAAAAUGAAAUGACAACGGGAGAAUUUCAGGAAAAUCCUCGCGACAAAACCGUCCCAAUUGGCAAGUUUUCCCCUGAUAACAUAGCUUUCAAAGAUAACAAAUGGGUUCCUUUCAGGACCAAAUUACCGACCUCAGCUGACUCCAGAAGACUUGGAGUGCAUCAGACGAUCGGUUCAACAGAGAAACGAGAGGUAAGUGGAAGAGGCAAUAAUUUAUACUUGAGAAACAAAAGAAUUAGAUGACAAGUGCACUUUCAGACGCCAGUACAUGAUGGCACAUCGGAACGAGACGGACGACACGCUGUACGAACUGGAGGUGCGAAUGCCGGAGAAGGACUACACAAAUCGGAUCGAGGCGACGCAGAAUUCUCGCGUCUAUUGA